AAGGGUUUGAUCUGCGAGUGAGGGCUUGUGGUCAUGAGUAGUAGGAGUACAAAGGUGUCAGAGUGUUUAAACUAUUUGUACAUCAGUAAACAUUCGAGGUUCCUACUGUAUAAACUGCUCUUCCUGCAGACACUAACCGAACAGGUUUGUUCCUGAGACUUCUCUACAGAAACAAAGGUGUCCUUACUCUCUCUCUGGACGUUCAUGAACAUGAAGUUUCUGGAGCUGGGCGACUCCAUCAGUCGCUUCAGGGUUUCUCAGUCCUGUGUAGGGCUGGCAGGUUGCCUGUGUGUUUGCUACGCAGUCUGGACACCGUUCUGGCUGAAUGACAGAGGACUCUGGGCAGAGUGGAAUAACACUAAAACUGACCAGAUAAUUCGUGAAGAUGGCAUCGUCUUCAACGCCCUAGAAGCAGAGAGGGUGUUUGGAGUUCUUGCCUUCCUUAUGGCCGUGAGCACUGGUGCUCUGUGUUUGGUGUUCGCCCUCUGCUGGACGUCUGAGACGGUGCGCUCCUACUCCAACACUCGCUCUCUCCUCAUGGCAGGACAAGCACUUUAUCCCACCACACUGCUGCUGCUCACCAUGGCCUCCACAGGUUUCUUCUUCCUCCUAAGCUGGUCUUUUUUCACUUAUCAACACAGGGAAGAAAUCCAUCAGGACUUCUCCAGCCUCGGUUCCUCCUGGUGGCUGGGGGCGUUAGGAUGGGUCCUACUUUUGGUUGUGGAGGGGAUUGUCUUUAUAGCCGAACAGGCUAUCGUGCCAGACAUCCUGCCAGACUUAGAGAAGGCUGUGGAGAAGUGGCGGUAUGCCUCUCAACUUAAGGCUGCCAAACGAACUUUCAGUGAUAGUUAUCUCCGUGGUAACAGCGAAAGCAGCGUGCCUUUGGAGAGGUAUAUGACAGAAUCUUGAGGGGUGAAAUAAGGACAUAACAUGUAAAAUAAAUGUGGCUGUCUAAAUUGUGCAUGACCACACACAGAGUCAGUGAGAAGCCAGCAUUCCCUCACUGGCUUAAAGAUGUGUAUGAUCUGACAUUUGUUAACUUUUAAGUGUCAGCUAGAGGAACUGAGAUCCUACAUUACAGAAGUCAUUGAGGUUGAAGACUCCAGCUUUCUGAAGAGCUGAUCAAGGUGGAGAUUUUACUUUUUUGCACUCAGUAUGGUAUGAGAGAAAAAAGCGAAACACUAAAGACCAAUAAUAUGACUGAAAGUUGACACUUUCCUCCUUUUUUCACAUGUGCUCAGUGGUGUCAUGCGUUUACCCACGUCUAUAUCCCCUCUGAUGCAUAUCAUUAAGUAGUAUGCUGUUUCUUUUUUCCUAAGAUGGGGGUCUGUCUUACUUUUCCUCUCAUGGGCUAGUAGCUCUUAAUUGCCCUUGUUGGUUGGCUGGGUGAGAAUAUUACAGUAAGCCAAUCAGAACUGAAGUGAGGCGGGUCAUACAUUGUGGUCCUCUGGGAUUCCUAGCAUAGUGAACUGAGCUGGAGAUGCUACUUUCUAUCAGCUUGUUUCCUUCAUCAUAAAUUCCCAUUUGGAUCCUACUACCUACCGGGCACCACAACACCACUGUGUAUGCACUCCUAAAAAUUUGUAGAAAAUGUCAUGAAGGCUGCUUUGCUUAUUCCUGAGUUUCUUGUUCCCACGUGCACUUCAAAGCAGAAAAAUAUCCCUAUGAGACAUGAGAUGAAGCGAAAAAAACCCAACAACAAUGCACAAAUAGUGGAAAAAACACUGGACACUAUGAUGUGAUUUUUGCUCUUAUAUCGGUGUGAAGUGAAGUUUGACAUACUUUGCGUAUCAUCAAAAGAGCAGAGAAGACUAUUAUAGCAAACAGAAACAUGAUUGAGUUGUUUCAUGACAUAUAGAGAGAUGGUAUGGGUCAUGCAUGGGUUCCCCUUUCACUCCAAUCACUAGUGGAGAAUUGUCUUGAACAUUUUCUGCUCUGUUCUCACAGUAGUUCACUCAGACUUUACAAGGAAAAUUCCCUUGACAUUUAGCUUCCUCCACUUGCAUUAGGCAUGCAUUUCACCCUGAAAAUGUCAGGAAAUGUUUACUUUUGAGUAAGUGUGGCAGCACUAAAAGUGUUUUGAUUACAGUUUGGUUGAUGUUGUUGUUUUUUACUAUGAUUGGUUGUACGAUGACCAAAUGACACAAGGGUUUUUUGAUUUCUUCUGGGCUUUUUGCCUUUGUACAAGGAUGGGAUCAGGACUCAAUCCUGCAGCCAGUGUAUUGAGACCUGUAACCCCUUUAUGGGCACCUGGGAAGAAGAUAAGUUUGUCAUUUCCUCCUUCAGUAGUUGAAAUAUGUGUUAGGAGAAUUACCUAGACAAACACAAACACAAGUAAGGUAAGUCAAGAAAUAAGUCAAAAAUCUGGCCAGCAAGGAAUGCAACAUAUUCCAAGAAAUAAACAUCACACAAAAAGGAAGGAAUGUGUUUGUGUUUGGAAGAUUAUUUCUUUGCUGUAACAAUGUUUCUUGGUGAUAAAUCAUAUACCACUGCAAAACCUGUUUAAUUCACUUUUAAAUGGUGCCACAUUUGUAAGGAACUUGCAUUGUGGGAUGAGCAGCAGAGCUUAAUAUGCGGGCUGUGCCCAUGAAAACAGCUUAUUUUGCUGUUGUUACUGACUCUUGUUUAGAGCUUCUGGUACCACCAGGUGCCUGGUUGGCAGCACCUGUGAGCAUGGGCCCUGCUACAGUGGUCAGUAGGUGUCUGCUCCAAGAUUCUGCAUGCCGCAUUUGACUGAUCUGUACUGGACCUUUCUGAUAGAGCAAUUUCAAGCUGGUGUUCUGCAAAACCAAGUUGCAGUAUUAUUUGGAGUGAGCCCUAGCACCAUCUCCAAACUGAAAACCAAGUUCCAUAUGUCAGAGGACAGGCUGCAAAGUGGGCGUCCCCAGAAGACGAUACACUAAGACGACAGUUUCCUCACCCUGUCAGCCCCCAGGAAGUGUAGGCUGUCUUCUUCAGAUUUGCAGUCAGGGUUUGCAGGAUGAUAAGACCUACGGCUCUCUGCCCAGACAAUCUAGAACGGACUGAACGCAGGCAAUAUCGGAUCUCAUAGUGCAGCCAGGAGGCCUGUCUUCAGAUUUCAAUCAUCCAAUCCACCAAACAACACCAAGCAAGUGUCAAUGGCAGAAUAAGCUGUUUGGCAUUUGCAUGGAAGAUUUAGGUGCAACCCACUUACUCCGCUCUGCUGCUCAUCGCACAAAUGCAUAUUUGUUACUAAUGUUGCACUAUUUAAAAGCGAACAGGCUUUCCAGUGGUAUAAGAUUUAUCACUAAGAAGCAUUGUUACAUCAAAGAAAUAAUCUACCAAACACGAGUUCUUACUUUUUGUGCUAAGUUUAUUUAGACCUCUUCUCAGGCAUAUGUUACAGUGUAUACAUUUCACUCACAGCUCAUUGUAUCAAAGAUUCUCUUCAUUGCUUCACCUAUUUUAUUUUGCCCUGACCUUAUCAGCCAGAGAAAAACACCUGUGUGGGUGUCCAGAGGCUUGAAGUGACAAAAAGACUAUUUUCUCUUCCUAUUUGUUGUAAUGUGUCAGAGUUCCACCAGAGGACCAAGAAAAAUGUGCUGUUCUCCUGAUUACACUUGUUCAGAAUGUCCUAUAUUCUAUUUCAAAUUAACACUCAACUGCAUGGACUGUUACUAAGCUAA